GAUUGUAAUAUAUAAACCUGAUUGUGCAAAACAAACACUCUUAUGUUCAUACGGAUCUACAUAUUAGAUACAACAUAGCUACAGAAAAUGUCCGCCAUAAGUUUGGAAAGUGAGAAAAAUUUCCGUGAUCCUCAAGACAUCAACGAAUUUGUGAAGGUAAAGUUUGACGAUGUGAUAGCGGAACCAAAUGACGUUGAGAGUCCUGACUGCGUUUGGAACACAUCACACGAGUGCUUUACAUGCAGCAGAAAUUGUUGUUAUACAGCAUUGAGUGGACUUUGUGGAUGGUUGUUGUCUAUUUGCUGGGGAUUCAACUUUGCCAUAAUGACGUUCACACAUGUAUGGUGUGGAACACCGUGCGCCAGGAACAUUUCUAUUAACUGUAAUGCCAUACAGAGGUGUUUUGGGCAGAUGGUCACGUGUUGGCUGGCACCAUUUUGUGAAACUUGCAGUAUUGCCCUGAGCAGAAUAGUGGUCACUCAGAAGUCGAACUAGAAUCUGAAUUGUUGAUUUGUGAAAAUUCAGUACUUCAAUUGUAUUUAUUUAUUUUGAGACGUAAUUAUUUCAUUUUCAUUAUUAGCUAAAUCAGUUGCCAAUUAUAUUUUAUAUACGCAACAGUCAAUAAUUUCGAUUUUUCAUGUACAUUCAAAAUCUACUUUUUUUUAAUUGCAAUUAUAUGGACAAGGCACAACUAACGCGAUUAAUUUGUAUUGGUGAAAAAUAUCCGAAAUUUUACGGUGAUGUUGCUAACCGAGCCAGGAAACUUAGAUACGAUCCGGUAAACUUAUCAAUUCUUUUAAAAAACUUAUUCUUUAAAUAAA